AUACACAUUGCUUUCAGUCAAUUCAGUGGCUGUCAAAUCCGGUGAGAGGUUAACAUAGUGAUAGUGUACAAUAAUUUUAUGAAAUAAACGAUCGUAAAACGCAUGAAUGUUAUAUAAAUUUGUAACAUAAUGGAUCCAGCUUUACUUAGAGAGCGAGAGCUCUUCAAAAAACGUGCUCUAACCACACCAAUAGUUGAAAAGAAGAAACAGGAGAAAGAAACUACAAAAGAUGAAGCGCCAAAGAAAAAUGAACCACCAAAGAAGAAACUUAAAGUAUCGUCCAUAUCUACGGGUCCUAAAUUGGAUAUGGUCAAUUAUAAGACCAUGACUGGUAGUACACAAUACAAGUUUGGUGUAUUAGCAAAGAUAGUGAAGCACAUGAAAGCAAGACAUCAGGACGGAGAUGAUCAUCCAUUAACGAUGGAAGAGAUUUUAGAUGAAACUAAUCAAUUAGAUGUUGGAUCAAAAGUUAAACAAUGGCUGCAAACUGAAGCUUUAUUAAAAAAUCCUAAAAUUGAAGUAACAUCGGAUAGUAGAUUUGCCUUUAAACCUAUGUAUAAAAUAAAAGAUAAGAAGUCUUUAUUGAGACUUUUGAAACAACAUGAUUUAAAGGGCCUUGGUGGUAUAUUAUUGGAAGAUAUACAGGAGAGUUUACCACACUGUGAUAAACAUUUAAAGAGUUUACAAAAUGAAAUUUUAUAUAUUACACGGCCGCUCGAUAAGAAAAAGAUUGUCUUUUAUAAUGAUAAGACGGCACAGUUUCCUAUAGAUGAAGAAUUUCAGAAACUGUGGAGAGCUGUUGCAGUAGAUGCCAUGGAUGAUCAGAAAAUAGAUGAAUAUCUUGAAAAACAAGGUAUUAGAUCAAUGCAAGAUCAUGGACUCAAAAAGCCAGCACCAAUUAAACGAAAAAAGCCUGUUAAUAGAAGGAAACAAUUUAAGAAGCCAAGAGAUAAUGAACAUUUAGCAGAUGUUCUGGAAACAUACGAUUAAAGAAAGAUGAGUAUAUUCCACUUUUUAAAGGAAUGUGAAAUAAAAAUGUAAAAAUUAUCUCGAAAUAAUUAGU